UGCCUUUACAACCCAGUGGUUUGGGGGUUCCAUGUUAAUCUGCAGGGGAUCAUGUUUGUGUGUGUUUGAGGGUAGCUGGAAUAGAUAGAUCAACUUCUCAUGGAAUGAAGAUCGAACUGAGGCUCAAUAGAGGGAGUUCUGACCAGCAUUAUUUCUUCUUGCAAAGAAGGAAACUCCACUCUAAUCAUGCUGUCCGUGGUAGCAAGAUGACUGGCUGGCCUUGCUGUUUGAGCGUCAGAGAAUUCGAGACUCGCUGAGGUUAGCAGGUGUUCGAGAUGGUUUCACAUGACUCAAUUUGCUUUGCGUUCAGCAGCAAAGGCCCAGAAGCGGUUGUUUCAUGGACGAAGCAGAAGCUGGCAGUGUUUCCUGUCAAAGAUGCUCCGAUAUGUAGAAGGACCUACGCAAUCAAUGAGAAACGCACAGGCCGUAGUGAAGUUGCGACUUGGAGCUGACAUUUCGGCAUAAGCCAAGAAGAUGGAGACCCUCCAACCGGGUUCAGGUCCUAUCGACCUCAUUCUCGUGCUGCUCUUUGCUUCGACCUACCUCCCACAGAUCUGGCAGAAAGUUGCAGCAGAUCUGGCAGAAAUCGACCGGAUUGGCUUGGUCCUUCUGAACAUCCAAGUUGUGGUCGGUCUCGGCUGGUGGCUCCGCUUGACUUUGAUGGGCCCGGUCGAAAUGAAGACGGCGAAGCGCUGGAAUUCGCGCGUCCUGGACACUGCCGUGGCGGAGGUGGACGACAACGAGGGCUUUCUCAGCAUGAUGAUCCUUUCGGCGGUCACCUGGUUACUGGCUUCCAUCGCUUAUGUGCUGGGCACGGUCAUCGAUGUCUUCUUAGAACUGCUCCGAAUGACGGUCUUCCUGCUGCCCUUUGGUCUUCUUCUGGGAUACCUUUGGCGCUUUCUACCGUCCCAACUGCUGCAAACAGCGCUGCCCACACUGGGGCGAGCAGGCUUCUUCUUGAGCAUCGCCUUGCUCUACCGCUGCCUGGCCGUCUUGGGCGAGACACAGAGCUCAGAGACCGAGCAAGAGAAAUACCUCCUCGCUUGAGAGAGACCCGACUUCGCGGGACGUCCAAAAGAACGCUUCUGGGGCCUCGUCCGUCGAUGCUUUUGGGGCGCAGAACGAUGUGUGAACCGAUGCCCGCUGUGUGAACCGAUGGAAGCU